AGCGGAGCUGUGGUUGAGCUGCUGGCACUUUAAAAACACAACAGACGGGCUCACAACCAUCGUGGAAGGAGCCUCGGUGUCUGCAGGACAGGGCAGGGGAGUUUAACUCUGAACUGGCUGGAGACUUCAUUUAAAAAAAUCAAACAUUUUAACCCCCCGCCCCCUAAAAAGAAGGAGAGUGAAGAGAAGAGCCACGAAAACAAGUCGGACAUGAACGGGGAAAUCGUAUACAACAGCCACUCAGUCACUGUCUUAAGCCGCACCAAGUCCAUAUCACCUGUUCACGAUGACAAGACCAUCAAACUGACGCAGGACGACAGGUGCUCUCCGGUGUUCUCCCAGAAAAAUGACUCUCUGAGGCCGGGAGAAGGCAGGAGAACAAACAGCAUCAACACUACAACGAAAGACUCCCAGUCUGACUUCACGGAGAUGGAGAGCAGCUUCAUCCAGUGUUCACCCUGCUGGUCAGAUGAACAGCCGUCACCUCCGCAGCUCCACCGCUCAGCUCAGACCUUCCUCUGCUCCUCCGCCGAACUCCCCCAGCCGCUCGGCAACAGCUUGUCUCACGCCGCCUACCAGACCAACAACAGGAGGGCUCCUCACGGCCAGCAGAGGAGUCGAGUCCGCAACAGGGUCAAAGACAAGAAGUCCGCACCCAGAUUUUUAGGGAAAACCCUCCAAAACCAAAAAGUUACCGACUUCUUCCCAAUAAGACGAAGCUCGAGAAAAAGUAAAACGGAGAUAAAAUGUGAACAAAAGAAGGCGAUAGACGACCUCAUCACAAACGGGAUAGAAGAAGGAAUGGAGGUGCAGCAUAUAGAAGGAAAGGGCCGAGCAGUGUUUGCCACCCGCUGUUUCCACAAAGGCGAGUACGUGGUGGAGUAUCACGGAGACCUGCUGCAGAUCACCGACGCCAAAAAGAGGGAGGCCGAAUACGCUCUAAACCCUGCCACCGGCUGCUACAUGUACUACUUCCAGUACCUCUGCAAAACAUACUGUGUGGACGCCACUAAAGAGACCGGUCGUAUGGGUCGCUUAAUAAACCACAGCAAAAACGGAAACUGCCAAACCAAACUCCACGACAUCAACAGCGUCCCGCACCUCAUCCUCGUCGCCUCCAGAGACAUCGACGAGGGCGAGGAGCUUCUCUACGACUACGGCGACCGCAGUAAAGCAUCCAUUGCCGCUCACCCGUGGCUCAAACAGUGAUCCCACCCCUCCCU